GGUCGCGGCCGGGACAUGGCGGCAGCCGGGCAGGGCCGGUGGGGCUGAGCCGUCCGUCAGGUCGGCGCCCUCUCCCCCCGCCCGUCCUCCACCGUCCGCCGGCCUCCUUGGCACCGCCCCACCGGGAUCGGGAUCGGGAUCGGGAUCGGGAUCGGGAUCGGGAUCGGGAGGCCGGAGCGGGCCGGGCCCCGCACAUGGCGUCCAUCUUCCUGAAGAGCGGCUGCGUGGGGCGGGGGGUCGCCCGGCUGUCCCGGCCGCAGGCGUCCCGGGCCCCGCCCUCGCGAAGGGGGCAUCUGGGAGACCGUGCCUGUCUCAGCUGCGCAUCACUACGGCUGGCAGACCUUCUGACCGUCCAAAUUGGCUGUCGCCCCUGCUUCCCCCUAGUCCACCUCUCCUCAGGGAGGGAUGUCCCCAGCCGGUGGCCCCCCCGGCCCGAGCGGACGUACACGCUGGGCAGGGCAGCAGGGGGGCCGGCAUGCCUCUCGCUGCGGAGACUGCACACUUCGUGCCCGCUGGGGGACGACUCAGUAGUCGAGAAGUCGCUCAAGUCGCUCAAGGACAAGAAGAAGAAGCUGGAGGAGGGUGGCCCGGUCUACAGCCCCGUCGUGGAGGUGGCCGUGAAGAAAUCCAUUGGCCAGAAGAUCUUGGACGAAUUCAAGCACUACUACCAUGGCUUCCGGCUGCUGUGGAUCGACACCAAGAUCGCCGCCAGGAUGCUGUGGCGGAUCCUGCACGGCAACACGCUCUCCCGCCGAGAGCGGAGACAGUUUCUUCGGAUCUGUGCUGACCUCUUCCGCCUGGUACCCUUCUUGGUGUUUAUAGUCGUCCCAUUUAUGGAGUUCCUGCUUCCGGUGGCCGUGAAGCUGUUCCCAAAUAUGCUGCCGUCCACAUUUGAGACACAGUCCAUAAAGGAGGAGAGAUUGAAGAAGGAACUGAGAGUCAAGCUGGAGUUGGCUAAAUUCCUCCAAGACACCAUCGAAGAGAUGGCUCUAAAGAACAAAGCAGCCAAGGGUGACGCCACCAAGGACUUUUCUGUGUUUUUCCAAAAGAUCCGAGAGACGGGUGAGAGACCCACAAACGAGGAGAUCUUGCGCUUCUCGAAGCUGUUCGAGGACGAGCUGACCCUGGACAACCUGACCCGGCCGCAGUUGGUGGCCCUGUGCAAGCUUCUGGAGCUCCAGUCCAUCGGGACCAACAACUUCCUGCGCUUCCAGCUCAUCAUGAGGCUGAGGUCCAUGAAGGCCGAUGACAAGCUGAUUGCUGAGGAAGGCGUGGACACCUUGAACGUCAAGGAGCUGCAGUCUGCAUGUCGGGCCAGAGGGAUGCGGGCCUUGGGGGUGACGGAGGAGCGCCUGAGGGAGCAGCUGAAGCAGUGGCUGGACCUGCACCUGAACCAAGAGAUCCCCACAUCCCUGCUGAUCCUGUCCAGGGCCAUGUACCUGCCGGACACCCUGUCCCCGGCCGACCAGCUGAAAACCACGCUGCAGACGCUUCCCGACCGCGUGACCAUAGAAGCUCAGGUCAAAGCAGCUGAGGUGGAGGGGGAGAAAGUGGACAAUAAGGCCAAGUUGGAAGCCACCCUCCAAGAAGAAGCAGCCAUCAGGCAAGAGAAUGAGGAAAAGGAACAGGAGAAAGCUGCUGAGAAAGCCAAGGAAACGCUCCAAGUGGCAGCAGCGAAAGAAGCCCAGCUAGAAGCGGAUUUGGAGGUGGCCACUGCCCUUUCCAGCCAAAGCCCUUCGGCCAGAGAGCCUGACCCAGACCUGGCCAAGAUGCCCCCGGCGGCCCCCUCGGAGGUGUUGAAAGAUAUGGCUCCUGUCCUGGAAGGUCUCAAGGGAGAAGAGAUCACGAAAGAGGAGAUCAAUCUGCUGAGUGACGCUUGUAGCAAGUUGAAGGAGCAGAAAAAGUCCUUAACCAAGGAGAAGGAGGAGCUGGAGUUGUUGAAGGGCGACGUACAGGAGUAUAAUGAGGACUUGCAAGAGAUAAAGAAGGAGCUGUCCAAGACCGGCCAGGAGGAGGAAGUGGAGGAAUCCAAAGCUAGCAAGAGGUUGACCAAGAGGGUAAACCAGAUGAUCGGGCAGAUUGGAAAAAUAAUUACCGAAUUAGAGACUGACCACAAGGAUGCAGAAGCCAGUCCGGGGGCCCCGCUGGGCCCUGUGCACAGCCCUUCGGGCGGGGAGAACGUGGUCAGCAUCAGCGAGCUCAUUUCAGUCAUGAAGCAGAUCCAGCAGAUCCCUGAGAGCAAGUUGAACAGCCUGGCAGGAGCCCUGGACGAGAACCAGGAUGGCAAGAUCGACAUAGACGACGUGGCCAAGGUCAUUGAGCUGAUAGACAAAGAGGACGUCGACAUCUCCACCAGCCAAGUGGCUGAGAUUGUGGCCUUGCUGCAGAAGGAAGAGAAGCUGGAGGAGAAAGAGAAGGCCAAAGAGAAGGCUGAGAAAGCAGCCAUCGAAGCCAAGAAUUAGGGUUGCGGAGCCGCCUCCCCGCCGCUGAUGGCCUGUGUAGAUAGCUGUGUGUCUUCGUGACUAAUGCCUCCGCUCUUGCUGUCGCCGAGCUGCUGUGGCUGACACAAACCACAUUAAUGCUUGAGGUGAUUCUUGUGGCAGGUCCAAUCACAUUUCCCAGACUUAAAUCAGAAUUUCCAUGAUCAAAUCAGUGAUUUUUACCGUCAUUCCGUGAAGAGGAAAGCAGUCGGAGCCUGGGGCUCUCCCCGUCCAGCCGGCUUUCAUUCCGGAAGGGCGGAACUCGAAAAUCUGAGGGUCUGUGGGAUGCUCCAGGCUACUGAUCCCUCCUUGGGGCCCUUCUCCUGGAGCUGGAAACUGCUGGUGAUCAAGAAUGAGGAGAAUGCGGGCUCAGAACUGCCCCUUCACCACUGCCGCCACCUCUUCCGCCUCCUCCCCCUCCUCUUUCUCCUCCUCGGUCCUCAUUCCAGGCCUUUUUAAUUUUAAUUUCUGCUGUGUUAAAUCGACAUUUGGUACCGGUCUCACAAUCCCCCAUCGACUUUUUUAGGUGCUGUCACCAUGCCGAGGGAUCCUUUGGCUCGUUGUGAAGUCACAUUCAGCCGGGGGCUCCCGCUCUGUGGGCAGGAAGGGGCUGGAUUGUGGGAUAAUAUCAAAUCGUGGAGCUAGGGAAUCUUCUUUUCCCAAUUGGGAGGCAGAGCAGAUGGCGUGGUUGCCUGGGUGUAUUUACAGUGAGGAUAUUUGAACUAUUUUCAGCAUUUGGGGAAAAAAAGAAGAUACAACGAGGGAGCUAUUUGCAGAAGACAUUUAAAACAAUUAAAAACGUACCCUCCAAAUAACAGCUAUUUUCAAGCUAUGUGUGCACGUGAAGUUGACAACCAAAAGAGCCAGUCCUGUCCAGCUGAGGCCCCUACACGUUCCCUGCUCUACACCCCUGUGGACGACGACACACUUCUUUUUAUUCUUCUUCUUUGCCUUUCUGGCUACCGUCUCAGCUGGGUCCUCACUGGCCACUGGUGGGCCCAUUAGCUUUUUGUUCAAGUUUCACUCUUGUUCUACUGACUAACCGCAAGCGGCGAUUAUUGUAUGCUUUGAAAGACUGAACUGAGUAAAUAUCAAAGAAAGCAACAGAGACUGUAUCUUGUUCACUACCCCAUGCCAUUUGAAAAUGGAGCUAUUUAGCCAUCAAUGAUUGGAAACAAUUCAGCACCAGUGAUUGGAAGGGAUGCUUCGAUUGCUAUGCAUUUGGUCCCAACUCCUUUCCUGAGGAUGCAGUUUUUAUUUAACAUAAAUUAUUGUUAAAUUAUUCUUGUUCUGACCAUAGGAUAUUUUGUGUACUUGUGGGGGUCGUGGGGGAUCCCAGGAAAGAGACUUUUCAGAUGGAAAGGUGCCAUCGGGUGUGUUUCCUGGUCCGGGUUUUCUGGUGUAGGUGAGGAGCGUGAGGAACGUGUACCAGCCGUAAUGUCGCACCGACAGAUGACCGGGAGCCCUUUCGAGUGGCUUAUAGUCUCGUUUUUCAUCUUAAGCACCAUGCAGGGGUCUGACUUUGGGGGUGAAAUGCACGUUUUGACUGAUUCGUGCCCACUUCCUGAGAGUCGGCACCAUCGUGGAUCUGAGCAUCUCCUGGCAGUGCCCGACAGGGCGGCCCCCGCCACACCGCAUCCCUUCUCGCAGCCUGGCCUCUGACAGUGCUGGAGCCGGCAGCCAUCCGUCCUCCCCAAUGCUCCUUAGGGGAUCGCCCGGCCCCAGCGAAGACCCUCGGGUUGCUGUUCCAUUUUCGUAAAGCGUCGCGGCUAGGAGGGGGCUGGGACUGAGGGAAAGUCGCCAGGAGGGUCUGGUCCAGGCGGACCAGCAGCAACAUCAAAGUAAAGCAAAUAUGCAAAAUGGAAAAACCAUGACAGAAAUUAUGAAGCUUACAUUAUGCAGUUUAUUACAGCAAAAAAUACAAUGCACUUUUGCGGCUGUGGGACCGUCGUGUGCUGCCGGGCCUGUGGGACUGGGAGAGGCCCUCCCCCCCGCAGGGGUGGGGUCCACUGCCACAUCACACCGGCAGCUGAGCGACACUCCCCGCAUCCGUGAGUUGAUGGGGGAGAGCCGGCUGGGUAAAAAGCAGAGUGGGGAGAACUGGCUCGUUUUCAAUAUUUCCGUCCUCGUGUUUAACUCUUAAAGGGCUUUUCUUUAGAAAUAGGAAGAAACCGCCCCCAACAGCACUCUCCCCUGACCCUGAACGCUAAAUUUGCAGGUUACCUUGGCCCAUAAGUGGGUUCUGUUGGUUUGGGUAUUUGGGCAGAGAACUUUCCUGGCAGGAACAUCGGCUCUGACAGACCUCUGCCACCCUAAAUGGUUCGUGCUUCCUGUUUCGCUGUGGAGUCAAAAUUUGGCCUUGGAACAGGCUCAACCCAGGUUUGGUGCGGAGGAUGCCAUCAGCUCUUGCUUUGGGCUGCCUUCUAGUGGGCAGAUGAGGAGGGAUCACAGAGCAAGUACCUGGCAUUGGAGGGUCACAGAGGUGGCAGCUAGCACGUACUACCGACCACUGUGUUGCCUAAAAUAUUUAUAAAUUCUUUUCAACUUUUGGUCCAAGGGUACUUUUUACCCAUUGGAAAUAGGUAUUCAAAAUGUGGACUAAAUCACCACAAACUAGAAUUUUAUUAGCAAGAUACGUUUUCUACCUUUGGUGGGGGGUGUUUGAGAGUUAGAGUAUCUAGAGAACCCCAAAAGUCUUGACUUGAGAUGCUCUGCCUCAGGGAAGCAAGCGAACAUUUGGGGCUCUGUACUCCGUGGGCCUUUGGCUUUCUGGCAGCCAGAAGUAGGACCUAUGGAGGUCUGAUGGCUCAGGAUUUCAGCCGGGCCGGGGCUCGUGAUUUGCUGUGGAUGGAGACGAGGGUGGCCGUCAGCUGAUCUGUGGGCAGGGGAGCCCUGCCGUUUGGAGCGCCGCCGGGACGUAGCUGUUCGAGGUUGUCGUCUCGGCCCUCCCCGGGGGCUGAGCAUCGGCGGGGGUGGUGGCUUCCAAGCCCUGUGGGUCACACGAGUUUCCCCGGCUGGGGAAGAGGCUGGAGGGAAGAGGUGGGAACUAGGCCCAUCGACACGGAGGGAUUUGGGACCAAGAUCUGUCUUCCAGGGUUAGAUUUCUUGCCAGAAAGGUACAUUUGGUUGCUUACUCUCCCGGGUUGGGGCCAGGGUCAGCCGAGUACUCAGCCACAGGCUACGUUCCCCCCCCCCCCAACCACAGCCGCUGGUCAUGACCACGAAUCUCCCUGUGCCAGCUGGGAGUUCACCAAUGCACGUCUGGAUGAGGCACCUGCCGUGGUGAUGGAGGUUAUGGGCAGACAUAUGUGCGUGGCUCCGGCCAGUGCACCAGUCAGUAGUAUUUAUUGAGUGUUCACUGUGUGCAGAGCGCAAUACUAAGUGCUUGGAAGAGUACAGUAUAAUAAUACAGCAGACACCUUCCCUGUCCACAAGGAGAAUUCUGUACCACAAGUUUUCUGGAAUGUCUUCAUUCCAAUGGGACCCCUCCUUUUGUAUACCCUUUUGGAAAGAAGGAAACCGUUCUACAAGGUUGGCUUCUGGGGACACCUCAUCUCUGUCCCCCUACCCCCACCCCGUAUACCCUGCUCCCAGUGCCCAGGUACAGAGCUCUUCCCCACGGUUGGAUUUAGUUUGAGAGGCGGUAGCGGAUGAAUUUGACUUGAAGCACACUUGUCUAUCUUUUUGGUUAUCUGCAGAGGGUGAGUCCUCGACCCUGUUGGCGUUAUCAGAGAAAAUUCAGGAAGCGGACAGACUUGCGAUGAUUUUGUAAAACUGGACCAUGACCUCUGUGGCCUGGCCCCUUGUUCAGUCCCAGUGUAAUGAGCACGGGGUGUUCUUUCCAAAGUCGCGAUCCAGAAGUUCGCUUGGAACAGAAGCCUCAGUUUUGCACACACUCAGUGGCUCCACGUCAUCGUGGUGGCCAGUCAUUUUCCUCGGUGAUUUGGUUGGGUUGGAUUUAGUGAACAAGAGAAGCAGUGUGGCCUAGUGUCUAGAGCACGGUCCUGGGAGUCAGAAGGACCUGAGUUCUAAUACUCCUCUGCCACUUGUCUGUUGGGUGGCCUUGAGUAAGUCAGUUCACUUCUCUGGGACUCAGUUACCUCAUUUAUAAAAUGGGGAGUAAGACUGUGAGCCCCAUGAGGGACAGGGACAGUGUCCAACCUGAUUACCUUGAAUCUACCCUAGUACUUAGUCCCUGGCCCAUAGUAAGUGCUUAACAAAUACCAUUAACAACUAAAACAAAGGAUGGAUGGUGGGGCAGUGGGUGGAUCUUGGCCUAGAGAAUAUUUGUGUGGCAUCGGGCCCCAAUUUCAGUGUGUUUGUUUCUUGGCUGUUGUAACGAAGUGGAGGGUCUGAUGGCCAUCAGAGUUGUUCCCAGAUCCCCACUGAAGUCAGCCUCCAUCCACGGCACAUCAUCGCUCGGCUUUCAGUCAAGAGCUCAUGUCCCGCAUCUGCCCACGCCCACCCUGAGUCUCACCUUUGGGGUCCUUGGAACAGACGAGGUUUCCGAGAUGUUGGAUCACCAAAACCCAAGAAACACAAACAAGCUGGUUCUAUGGCAUUUUUGAAAAACAGCCAGAAGGCAACUGCCUUUCCUAACUAGCCUUUUUAUGAAGAGACAUUAGUGGUGGCUUGGGGAAGGGGGGGAUUUCUAUGUCCGAUCUGCACUCAGAUAUUGGCAAGCUGUUUAAAUAGCUACGGGGGUGAUUCUGAGCUCUCAAUUCUCCUGUCCUCUCAGGAGUGUUGAGAGAGAGAGAGAGAGUGUGUGUGUGUGUGUGUAUGUGUGUGUGUCCUCGGCUUUAUGUGUUACCAUUUUUAAAUAACAGGAAAAGAUGUUAAUGGUCUAAGUACCCCAGCUUCAGUUUGGAGAUGUCUUGGACACCUGAGUGGAGUUGGGGUACUUCUGGCCUUAAUUUGCCAUCGCUGGGCUUUGGUCAGGUGGCUGGUUGGUCAGCAUUCCAAGUCAACUAGUGUUUGGUUGGGAUGGGACUCGAGCAGGAGCCCCAUCACUGCACAGGUCGUGGAACUUUGGCUCCACUGUUACCUCACUGACAGAGGCUCACUUAUCUGUAGAAAAGGCAGUUUAAGGACUAAUAUGUCACACCUUCGUACUGUGUGUUUUGAAAUGAUCAGUAGUCCAGUUUAUAUAUAUGACAUUCAGGGGAAAUAUGCUCAGACCUGUUCAGUUUGAUGUAAGGAAAAAAAUAAUAAAGGGAUGGAAUUUCUGGA